AGAGCUUGCCGCGGGAGCGCGCCCGCCCCACUAUUUAGCGCUUGCGCUCGGCACGGAGACCCAAAGGCUUUCCGCUCCCGUAGCGCCGACGCAGCGGCUGCCCCCCCACCCCGCGCUGUGCAGCAACAGACUGCCAAAAGAGAGCCAGGGCCCGGACGCCAGCCGACGCCAGUGCCGCAAGACUGACCGCGAAGCUGCCCCCAACCCCACAACAGCAACAGGCUGCUGUCCAAGAGCAGGAGGACUGACAGCGAAGCACCAUGAAGGCCCUCGCCUUCCGCCUGCCGCAACCAGUCGGCGCCCGCGAGGACCCCUGCCGGGCGAACGCGCGGCGCAUCCUCCGGAACUUGGUGGGAGGCGACGCGCGGGACUACGGGAAGGCCCUCAGUCGAUUCCAGCGCCAGGCCGCGCGCGGCCGCGCCGACGGCGAGGCGUUGUUAAUUUUACUAAAGCACACGCCCGACGAGGCCUCGGCGGCGGCGCUGCUCGCGACCGCGGCGGACGCCGGCGUCCGCGCCGACGCCGCGAUCUGGGCGGCGCUCGAGCGCAAGUGGCGCGUCGCCGGGGAUAUUUCCGCGGCGGCCCGCGCGCGGUCGUACCUCGUCGAGUUGGACGCGCCGCCGCCGCCGCCGCAGACGUCGGAGCGCCUCGCGCGGAAGCGGACGCUCUGGCUGAGGAGGCUGGCGGCGCGCAGCGAGCACGACCAGUGCGCCGCGGCGGUCAGCGCCUUCGUCGCGUCCGGCGCCGCGACGCCGGCGAUGCUGCGGGCGGUGCGGCGCGCCGCGGAUGCGUCGAAGGCGCUCGACGCGGCGCUGGCCCGCGACCCGUGCCUGGAAAAAGCGUUCGAAGCCGCCGCCGCCGCGCCGCGCGAGCCCCGGAGCCGCCGGCCCUUCACGGCGCCGCCGCCGUCGCCCGACGCGCCCGUCUCAGCGACGCCGGACUCGUCGGUGCCGUCGUCGCCGUUCGGGGCGUCGCCGGAGCCGUCGCCAGAGCCGUCGCCGGCGCCGAGCGACGACGAGGCGGCGUCCGUGCCGAGCGACGACGACCAGUCGUUGGCCACGUUCAUGAGUGGCCUCGGGUCGCUCAACGGCGUCGUGAGCCUGACGGGCAACCGCGUCGGGCCCUGGUCGGCGCCUUCGUCUCGGGCGGGGACUGCUCGACAAUCGACCCGGUCGCGGAAGAGCUUGGGGGAUGACCCGGAGUAA